UCCUUUAGGUGUGGUGCAACAACUAAUUAGGUCGGCGUGCUAUGCCAUCCUGAAUCCCAUUGCAUGAGGAGUGCAGUGCAUGCCUCCCUAUUUCUAGGACCUUUUCUCUCCCUGCCUGGCCCAUUCAGAUACACAUGCACAUGCUCGCUCAGACCUGAACCCGCUAGCUUUUGCAUGUUCUAGAGCAGAGCGCUAGCAUCGUCGUCUGAUCGAGGGAUCGGGGUGGUCUGGCAAUGGAGGAGUCCUCUUGCAACACGGUGCCCCCGGGGUUCAGGUUCCACCCCACGGAGGAGGAGCUCGUCGGCUACUACCUCGCCCGGAAGGUCUCCUCCCACAAGAUCGACCUCGACAUCAUCCAGGAGGUCGACCUCUACCGGAUCGAGCCGUGGGAUCUUCAAGAGAGGUGCGGCAAGUACGGCGGCGGCGGAGGAGGGCAGGAAGAUCCGACGACGGAGUACUACUUCUUUAGCUACAAGGACCGCAAGUACCCCAGCGGCACGCGCACCAACCGCGCCACGGCCGCCGGCUUCUGGAAGGCCACCGGGAGGGACAAGCCGGUGCUCUCCUCGUCCUCGUCGUCUCCCGCGGCCGUGAUCGGCAUGAGAAAGACGCUUGUCUUCUACCGCGGCCGCGCCCCCAACGGCCGCAAGACCGACUGGAUCAUCCAUGAGUACCGCCUCCAGUCCAACGAGCACGCGCCCACACAGGAGGAAGGGUGGGUGGUGUGCCGCGCGUUCGUGAAGCCGGUGACCAGCCAGCAGCACAGGCUGUCCUACGGCGGCGGCGGGUACCCGACGAUGAACGGCAGCUACAGCUCCGCCUCCAAUUACUACUACUACGACAACCCUAACGCGCGCCUGAUGGUCGCCGGCGGGGGUCCGCCACAUGAUCAGCAUGUUCUGGCGGCGGAGUCCAAGCAGCAGGUGCAGCUGUUCCCCUCCGACCUGCCGCCGCCACUCCAGAGCCCGACCUUCGACGGCGAGGGCGAGGGCGACAUCUCGCAGAUCAGCGGUGGGUGUAGCAGUGCGGAUCAGCAGCUGGCGGCUGCUGCUGGGACGAUCGACUGGAACCUGUGGAGCAGCUUGCUGCCGUCCACGGCGCCACAGCUCUUCCACGGCCAGACAAUGACGCCGCCGCCGGCAGCCAAUUCGAGCUCCUCCAAGAACACUUAACGACAUAAUAUUUGAGCCGGAGGAUCCAGAUUAUCUUGACUGAUGAUUAAUUGUUGACAAUUUGAUCAUACGACGGAGUAUGUAUGUUUGACGACUA